AUGUCAGCCAAGAAUUGGCAGCACGAAUUGGACGCGGCGCGCGGCGCUGUCCUGCGCGCGGCCAAGUUGACCAAAAACGUGCUCUCCACCGUCAGUGAAGUCUCCAAAGCGGACUCGUCGCCUGUCACCGUCGCAGACUUUGCAGCUCAGGCACUCAUCAUCAGCAUCCUCCACGAGAUAUUUCCGGAUGACGCAUUUGUCGGCGAGGAGGAUGCCGGGGUCUUGCGCCGCGAAGCCGGACUGAGGGAGCGCGUGUACGAGAUCUUCUCUGCGGCUCGGGACGAGGCGACGGACCAGCAGGGGCGGCAGCAGCAGCGGUACACGGUGGACCAGAUGCUCGAUUUCAUCGACAUGGGCGGUCGCGGUCAUGGCGGCGCACAUGGGCGCUUCUGGGUCAUGGACCCGGUGGACGGGACUGCCACGUUUCUGCGCGGCGAGCAGUAUGCCGUGUCGCUCGCGCUACUGCAGGGCGGCAAAGAGGCGCUCGGUGUGGUCGCCUGCCCUAACCUGAAACUCGACGACGCCGGACGGAUCCGCGAGUCCAGCAUCGACAAAGACGGACUGGGCAUCAUGCUCUCCGCCGUCAAGGGCCAAGGAGCCACCGUCACCGCCCUGACCUCUGCCGACGCCAGCACGCUGCCGGAACCCGUCUCGUUGGAGCAGCUGCAACCGCCGUCCGAGCUCUCUGGCGCGCACAUAGUCGACUGCUCACUCAACCCGGCCGCCAGCCGGGCCAAGAUGCAGGAACUGGCUUCUCGACUCGGCGCCGAGUUCCCCGGGACGGACGUGUGGUCGUCGCACAUCAGGUACGCGGCGCUGAUUGUCGGAGGCGGUGACGUCCUGAUCCGCAUCCCCUCUUCGUCCGGCAGCAAGUCCUGCAUAUGGGACCACGCAGGUGCGCAGCUCAUCUUCACCGAGUUGGGGGGCAAGGUGACCGAUCUCGACGGACGUCCCGUCGACUUCAGCGUGGGCAGGUACUUGAGCCAGAACAGGGGCCUACUAUCGGCCAGGAAAGACAUCCACGCGCGGGUGCUGGCUGUUGCCCAGGAGUUGAUGCCGGACAAUUGA